AAGCCCGACCUGACAGUCUCCCAUGGCUAACGAAGCUUGCCCUUGUCCAUGUGACAUUGGUCACAGGAUAGAGUAUGGAGGGAUGGGGCAUGAAGUUCAAGUGGAGCACGUCAAGGCGUAUGUGACCAGAUCCCCUGUCGAUGCAGGCAAAGCUGUGAUUGUCAUUCAAGACAUAUUCGGCUGGCAGUUGCCCAAUAUCAGAUACAUGGCUGACAUGAUCGCUGGAAAUGGAUACACAACCAUUGUUCCAGACUUCUUCGUGGGGCAGGAGCCGUGGCAUCCCUCUGACGACUGGUCCACCUUCCCCGAGUGGCUGAAAACGAGGAAUGCCCGUAACAUCGAUAAAGAGAUUGAUGCUGUCUUGAGGUAUCUGAAGCAACACUGUUACGCCCAGAAAAUCGGCAUCGUGGGAUUCUGCUGGGGUGGAGUUGCCGUCCAUCACGUGAUGAUGAAAUACCCAGAGUUCAGGGCGGGGGUAUCCGUGUAUGGCAUCAUCAAGGAUUCUGAAGACGUUUACAGUUUAAAGAACCCCACACUGUUCAUUUUUGCUGAAAAUGAUGCUGUGAUUCCACUGGAGAAUGUCUCUUUGCUGACCCAGAAGUUGAAAGAACACUGCAAAGUUGCAUAUCAAAUUAAAACAUUCUCCGGGCAGACGCAUGGGUUCGUGCACCGGAAGAGAGAGGAUUGCUUGCCAGCAGACAAAGCCUACAUCGACGAGGCCAGAAGGAAUUUAAUUGAGUGGCUGAACAGGUAUAUGUAGCUGCCCUCCGGCGUGAGCCUCCUGGAAACAGCUCCUGUCUAAAAGUUUGCUUUGAAAUACUUGGAUCUUGAUCUAACAUUCUUAUGAAAUAAAGGUAGCGAUCCUGAAAUUCAUUAUUUCAUCUGAAAUAUAGUCAGUAAAAAAUGUGAGCACGUGAAAUAGUUGAAUUUGUAACAUGCACAUUCAAUAAACAGUUUAAAAACUAGGUCAGAACCUGCAGGAUUUGAAUGAUCGUGCAAUCCCUUAGUUAUUAGCAAAAUCCCAGGGCUCUUCAAGGACCAGCUGGCAGCGCAAGGGUGGCCCUUCUGGUCUGUGAUGAACAUAUCCGUUAAAGUGGUGACAUCCGCUGGGGCCGGAAGAACAUGCACUAUACACUGGGGAAGGCUGAUGCCAAACUUAAUUUGACAUUUCUCUGUGUCUUAAGACAGCCUGGUUUGGGUUUGUCACAUUCAUAUAUUGCAAUAUGAGAAGUAUUAAGAUUAAAAUGAGUAACCUAAUUGUAUCAAGUAACCUAAUUGUAUCAAGUAACAGUAAUUGUAACAGUAACCUAAUUGUAUCAGGCUAAUAAACUGAUUUUUUAAACUUU